CAAUCCGAAUAUUUUCGCGUCUUAAAAUAACAUUUAGAAUCGCUAUAAAAGGAGUCAUUGAUGCAUACCGUAUCUAUUCAAACUACAACUUUAAACGAGGAAGUUUUAAUCAGAUUUAUUUUGUAGUGAAUAAUCGGGUAGUUAUAUACAUCUAUUAUAUAUUUUGUUCGUUUUAGGGAUUUUAAGUGAUAUUUCUUAACUUCUUAUGCGCUUUUCUAAACAGGAAUGACGGAUAACAGUAUUGUUAUAUUUGUUUCAGUAAAAUUAUGCAAGACUCUUUGCUACCUUAAUACACUGUAACUUAAUUUUAUAAUACAUUCGACAUGUUUAUUAAAUUUUUCUUUUAUAGUGCAUCUUAAACUUCUAAUACAUGUGACACAUCAUUAGUACUGAGCUUGGAGAUACGUAUAACCACAGAAAUGAAGGUUUAUAAAACUAGCAUCGUUUAGUCAUGGUUAAAGCGUAACAUAUAUGAGCGAAACGCCUAUGCGUUGAUCACAUUAUUAUCGGUAUAUAUAUAUUAUUCUCGUUCAUAGAUUGGUCUUCAUAUUUGAAUACGGAAUAAUGUUGUCUCAGGAAACGUCAGCAUUCAUACUAAUAUUGCUCGUUGAUAUGGUAUUUACUCAAUGUUCUGUUGGCUGCAAAUUAUGUUCUGGUUCAAAUUGCACAAGUUGUGAAUCAUCUUACUUUUUAACAAAUGGCUUCUGUUCACCAUGUGCCGAAGAUUGUGAAAACUGUAACAGCUGGGACGACUGUACUUUAUGUAAGCCAAAUAAAUAUGGUUUACACGCAAAAUGUACUUUCAACUGUGGUGGUUAUUGUCUAAAUAGUGAAUGCGAUGAUAAUACUGGAUAUUGUACUCAAUGUAAACCUGGUUUCUAUGGACUUCAAUGUCAGCUGAACUGUAGUUUAUGUGCCAAUGAACGUUGUGACUUACGUAAAUGUUCGAGUGGUUGUAGAGCUGGAUAUUAUGAAUAUAAAACUGGUGUCGAUACAAUAUGUCAAAGUUGUCCUUCAAAUUGUAAACAUUGUACGGAUGGUAAAACAUGUUAUAUUUGCAAUAAUGGUUUUCACCUCUAUAAGUUAAAUGACAACGUUCACUGUGUGUCAUGCUUGCAAGAAACGCAGUGUCCGGAUUGUAUGAUUCAAGGUUGUAACCAGUAUCAAAUACACAAUGAUUCGUUAGUCUGCGCUGAUUGCCCAAAAGGACAAAUAUUUAAUGGUAAAACAUGCGUAUCACAAACAUCAUUGUGCCCAGAAAAAUGUUCUACGUAUUGUGAUAGUAAUGGAAUAUGUCAAGGAGAAUGUAAAGAGGGCUGGACUGGUGAGAAAUGUUCCGAAAUAUGUGAAAGCAAAUGUUUAAAGUGCUCAAAAGAUAACGGAAAUAGUUGUCUAACGUGUGUUGGUAAUUUUUACUCAACCGAUUGCAGUAUAGCCUGUAGCCCGUCAUGUAAAGUAAUAAGUGGUAAACAUACAUGUGGACAUGCAGACGGAUAUUGUCUAAACGGAUGUAACCAAACAUUUUGGGGCGAUACUUGUGAGCAACCUUGUCCUGGUGGAUGUAAAGAUCUUAAAUGUGAUAGAAACAACGGUGCAUGUACAGAAGGGUGUAAGGAUGGACUGACCGGAGAUAAAUGUACUCAAACUAUCACAAUCGAAACAUCAGUGACAACAACAACAACAACAACAUCAGCCGAACCUGAAACACAACAACAAUCAUGUGCACGGUGUGAAGAUAAAGUUAAUAAUUUUGCCAUUAUAUAUUUCUCUGGAUUCGGAUCUUGUGUUGCCAUAGAAGUAUUUGCUCUAUUGUUAUACCUUAUAAGACGAAGGUAUCUUGCAAGUAAAACGCCCACAGACAACAAACCAAACGCUGAGAUUCCAACAUAUUAUAACACUAGAACUGAUUUCGGCGCUGUAAAUGCUGAGUCAGCUGAAGUGACUAAUAAUUACGAGAGUUUGAGUAAUAACAGGACCUCGGAUAAUGUAUACAAUGAUCUCGGAUUGACAUUGUCAUAGACGUAAGAGAAAUGAGUUUUAAUGAUUAACUUGUGAAAACAACAGAAUCAAUUGUUACAGAUAGACUGAAUUUGUAGUUUCUGGGGUCAUUGAUGCAUAUUUUUACUACCCUAAAGGCUUUUACAUGUAUAAUCACUUCGAAAACGGCUUAUAUUCACUAUAAGCUAGUUGUAUUAGGGGAUGAAACUCUAUUUCCUUCUAGCAAUGUUUUAACAUGUAAAAUACGAUUAAUGUGCUUUUCAAAAUUAUUGUACCUUGUUAUUCUUAAUAUAAAACGUUUUUUCUCGAAUAUUUUAAUCCUGUAUUUACAAUAUGAAAUUUAUACUUAUAUCUAAUAACAGCACAGUUUACAUUUUUUUUUAUAAUGUGUGCAUAUAACAUGUAUAACAUUGCUCUUCAAAACUAUAUAAUUUAAUAUACUAAAAUUGUUUGUUGAUAAAGUAUUUGAUCGUAAAUACUUUUGUAUGAUAGUUCCCAAUCAAUUUAUUCUGUUUACCUACAAAUUAGACUGAUAAAAUUUGGACAGGUCUUAUGCAUUGAAUGCUGCUAAUCUUGAUCACAUGUUCGACAUGUUUUAGUAAUGAUAAUCUUACUUUUUAUCAAAUUUGUGUUUGUUCAUUGUCUUAUUUGGAUUGUAAACAUUGCUUCAAUAACUGUAUUUCAUGUAAACAGAAUGAUAUGGUAUUCAUGCAAGUUAAACUUUUACCUGUGAUGAUAAUUGUCUAAAUAAAUAUAUAGAGGAUCCUGUAUAUUGUUACCAACAAAAGCCUGUUUUCUAUAUGCUUAUAUUUACGUACAUGCUUGCAAGUUGUAGAUUUGGGU